UCAACACGCGCAAUUCAAACGCAAUGACGAGCCGAACCAGAAUUCAAACCCGCGACCUCGCCCAGACGAACGGCGUGUUGCACGCAGGAUCUCCAGUCAUCGACAAAGGACAAGCGACGGAAGACUCGCGAUUCCCUGUCGCGGUCCGCUUCCCGCUGGUCGUGCUCUCGACCUUCAUCUUGAGUGCAGUCUUGAACUCUGUCGCUGCUGAGUACACAGGGCCAGAGCUCGCGGCGGUGAGCAGGAACUUGACAGAAGGAUGGCAAGUCGGUGGACUCGUUGGCCUCAAGUUGGCGGAGCUUGUGGUCGCGUGGUACAUUUGCUACGACUACCUUGAUCUUGCCUAUCUUUCGCUACUCAACAACGUCCCCCACUAUUUCCUACUCAACACCUGCUUCGGCAUCGACUACCUCGUAACACUCAUUCCGAUCACCAUCGACAUCGCAUCCAUCGCGAUCCCGUUCGCCCUUCUACGCAGCGUGAAACAUGCGCGUGGAGGUGAAAAGCAAAAGACGCCGAACCAGGACAUUGCUCAGGAUAACAGUGUACAAUUCGUCACUGCGGCCCUCGGCGCGUCGAUAUAUGCUUUUGUGCUGUAUUCCAGCUUCACCACCUGGUUGCCCACAUUCCUGGUCGUCCACUUUGAUGGCAUCCGAAGUAUGGAGAAGGUUCACAGCACCGGCAUUUGGCUGCUGCUGGCCUUAUUCGGUCCUCUGGGAUACGCGGCCACUCAGUUCAUCUUUGUGCCAGCCAUCGGAGACGCCCAAAACCCUGGACCGAUACCCAGAGAUGCGAAGGCGAGGGAGCUUCGAUUCGACCCAGAGACAGCCUCUUUGUCUCAACACGUCCUGCACAAUCUCCACAUGAACCCCAACGGACUCACAGCUCGAGGACACAUCCUGAUCAAGCGAACGAUCAUGCUGGCUGCUUCUUCGUUCUUCACCUCUCUCACGCGGUCACUUAUGACGAUUGAGGGCACCGACCUUGCGGGAGCACUUGGAUGGGCAGGCGUUUGGGCUUCAGCCGCUGGGCUUGUUGGUCUGGCAUUUGCCUGGGUGGCGGAUGAGUAA